UCACAUGACCCUUCCACCAGAACUCUAUGCAGCCAAUGGAUACCUCCCCAGUGUUGCCUACAAUCUGGAGGACAUUAACAGGAUAGAGUAUGAUGAUGAUCCAGAGAUGAUGACUAACCAGCCCAAUAACAGGAACUGUCUGAUUGGCUGCUGUAACACUGAUAAUGAUGAGCCUAGCAGCUUCUUGAGCCAGAGUGAAUAUGAGGGCCACUGGCUGGACAGGCCUCUGAAUUACCUGCCUCUCCACGAGCUUGACAGCGGCCUGGGCUGUACCGACGGCAGCCUCCACCAGGGGGACCUGUCUGACCCAGAGACAGAGGAGGGGGUAGAGGCCCCUAUGUCCUCUCCUCCAGGAAACACCAGCCGGGGAAGCUCUCCCUCCUCUGAGUCCCUCCUUUCGUCAGAGCUCAGUGACUCUGGCUUCCACAGCGUCAGCACAGGGGAGUUCCGCCACUUCCAGAAGAUUAUAGAUGGGAGGAUCCACAACUACCGGAGUCGCGUCGUGCCCCGGGAACAGAGAUCAAAGUCUCGCUGGGACCUGGAGUCCAUCCCUGAGACCCUGACCUGUGACCCCCAGGCUGGCAGAGCCGCAGAUGGAGUUCACACAGCCAUGACCCACCAGUGCACCAUGGGUAGUAGCUCCAUUCAGUUCCGCAAAGCCAGGAGCCCCCAGCUGAACAGGCAUGGCACCGGGUUUGCUCCUGGGGUUGCUGCCUCCAGCUGCCGUACAGAACCCUGCCAGAGGAGAGCAUUGAUGCUGAACCAGCACUCUUCUGAGGACCUUCCCAGCCGCAGCCACACUGUGCAUGACUUAUCAGACAGGAGACGGGCCAGCCACCCAGCCCUGCCCGCUGGGAACACUGCCACAAGGAAAUACAGACACGUAAACCGACAACCGCCCAGCAGCCCAAACCACCUAGCCGUGCCCACUGAGAACUCUGGCACAGGACAAUACAACAGGGGGUUCAACACAGACAUCAGUGAGAAGAGGAGAUGUCCACUGAGUGACCAUGUGGAAGGCACCUGGCAAGGAUGUGUGGAUAACCACAGAAGCAGUAUGGCCAGUGAGGAAUAUAACAGUGAGAAACAGGGUCUUUCCAAGAGUCCCUCAAAGAAACAGCGUGGGAAGGAGCCAGCAGACUGGCGUCAGUUUGCGACACUGGGACAUCCUCACAUUGGUGGGGACUGGCCCCAAGCAGACUGUCCCUGCGGUCCCCUCUAUAGUACGCUGGAUGGGCCCUCUGCCCGCUCCAGGAGGGGUCUCUCUGGGAAUCCCCGGGCGGUGAGGAACCAACUACUGAAGGCUCGGGCCUCCCGGCUGGCUGACGAGCGGAGUGAGGUCACCACGGACGACGAUGCCCGCGGGGAGGCCCUGGCAGGCCGCUACUGGAACAGGACGGAGCGCCGGCGCCACCUGGCGUGGGCCCGGGAGCAGAGGCAGAGGAAGCUGAACCGUGGGGCCGAGGGGGCAGGGGAGAAUGGGGCUGGAGGUACAGGGGUUGCUGGGGGCCUUGGGGGUGCAGGGGGUCCUGGAGGAGGCUGCAGCACAGUGCUGGAGCUCAGCCACAGGAAGCAGAGCCGUCUGAGGAACCAUAAACUGCUGGAUGACUGGACCACAGUGGAGGAGCUGCUGACCCAUGGGACAAGGGUGGGGCAGGGGGACAACAUUCUCGGUCACAGCCCUCUAUUGUCUGUCACUACUGUAUAA